AUGACCCCUUAUGGGGGCAGCCAAAGUGUUAAGAAAUCAGAGAUACAGGACUGGCUACGUGCAAAAAAUAUACCUUUUGAUACGUUUAUGUUGAAAUUACAACUUCUAGAUCUUGUGAAACAACACAGAGCAAAAUAUGAUAAAUAUAUAGUGGACGAGAUGGCAAAAGCGCACAAUAAAAUGGUACUUCGUUUGCCUCCUUACCACUGUGAGCUCAACCAUUCAAAAAUAAAAUCUUGGUGUCCACGAAUUAAAUCACAAGCAUUUUCAAAGUGCACUGUUGAAGUUCUUCCAGAGUAUUACUGCUCCAUCAUGAUACACCAACUCUUUCAAAUAGCCCCACAGAAAAAAAUUGCAAGGCGUUAA